CUCAACUAUACGCUCCCUCUACAGCUAAAAUUCCAAAUCCCUUAUUAACAAAUCCAAUUUCUAGGGUUACGAAAUCAACACUCACGGUUACAAUAUGAAGAUGCAAUCUUCGUAUGUUAUGGGUAAGAUCUUUUUAGUUUUGAUUUAGUAGUUUAACUCUUGAUUCUGGGUUUAUUGAAUUUUCCCCCAAAUUGACAAUUUGGGUUUGAUAUAAUUACAUUGUUAUUACUCACACUUGGUUUAAAACUCCAUUUUCCAUUGUAUUAAUCUCUUCUUACUUAUUGGUUUGAUUAGAAAUAACAGUUGCAUUUUGCUAAUCAUUUUGUUAACUGUGAUUUUAGGUUUUAAUUUUUCUUACUCUGAACGAGCUAAACCUUGGUGUUAGAAAUCCUCAUUGUUCUUUAUUAAGUUUUCUUAGAGAUUUUCACUUUGGAUCUCUCUGUGUUCUGCAUUUUGGGUUUUGCUCAAAUUAUUUGAAUAUUUUCAUCCAAAGCCAAGUCUAAUGAACCCCACAUCCAUGGAGUAUAGUAUCAGCAUUUGAAUAGAGAAUGGUUUCACUGAUUCGUCGUUCAUUGAAAUUUUUUCAUCCUUACAUUACAUAUAUAUUUGAAGCUACAUUUAACAAAUGUUCCUUAACCAAAAUUCAUCAAGGUGCACAUGUGUUGAAAGCUAUAUGUCUGUUUGUAUGGGUUAACAAAUAGCUGAUGUUUGUAUGGCACCCACUUCUCUUUUUUCUUCCCUAAAAAUUUCUUCACAUUCUUGAGAUAUAAAGUGCAACCUUUCUCAACUUACGUUCUUCUUUCACUUUCUGUAAUGUUACUUAUUUUGUCAUUAUUCCUUUCUUACCGAAUUUGGAUUUGGUUUGUUUUGAACAAAAUGAUUGAUUGAAAAUAAUAUGUACGUGCAAGAAUUGGACAUGGAAGUGUCGUUGGAUGCAACUGAUACCAAGAUGAGAUGUUAGUUUUAAGAAAAACUUCCAUUCUUCCCGGUGUAUUGUAUUGUCAUAUGUGUGUUAGAUCUCAUUACAGGUGUAUAUAUGGCUAGAUAGGCAAGUUAUGCAAUGCCCAACAGAAAAGAUUGCGGGUCUGGAACUUUGAGGAUGCAAAAUAUCUAUGAAAAGAUUGUUAUUCGCCGACGUGCAACGCACGUACACUCUACUUGUCUUGUUUAAUCAAAACAUCUUCAAUUUCAUUCUCUACAAUUACUUCUACUACGACAACAACAAAGAAGAUGCCAGGAAUCGAGCCGACGACUACAGAUUGGCCUGCUAACAGAGUGAGAGAGACUUUUAUUAGUUUCUUCCAACAAAAAGAUCACACGAAUUGGCCGUCUAGUCCUGUUGUUCCUGUCAAUGAUCCUACUCUUCUCUUUGCUAAUGCUGGCAUGAACCAGUUCAAGCCAAUUUUCCUAGGAACUGCGGAUCCUAGAACUGACUUGGGUAAGCUCAAGCGUGCUUGUGAUACUCAAAAGUGCAUUCGUGCUGGUGGCAAGCAUAAUGAUCUGGAUGAUGUUGGGAAAGAUACCUACCAUCAUACAUUUUUUGAGAUGCUUGGUAACUGGUCCUUUGGAGAUUACUUCAAAACUCAAGCUAUUUCAUGGGCAUGGGAGCUUCUCACGCAGGUGUAUAAGCUACCCGCUGACCGUAUAUAUGCCACGUAUUUUGGUGGUGACGAGAAAUUGGGCCUUGAAACUGAUAAUGAAGCAAGAGAUAUAUGGCUGAAAUUUUUGCCACCUGCUCGCGUUUUGCCCUUUGGGUGCAAGGAUAACUUCUGGGAGAUGGGCGAUACUGGUCCUUGCGGACCUUGCUUAGAAAUCCAUUUUGAUAGAAUUGGCAACCGAGAUGCUGCUUCAUUGGUCAACAAUGACGAUCCAACAUGCAUUGAGAUAUGGAAUCUUGUAUUUAUUCAGUUCAACAGGGAAGCAGAUGGCUCUCUGAAACCUCUCCCUUCGAAGCAUGUAGACACUGGGAUGGGCUUUGAGCGGUUGACUUCGAUUCUUCAAAACAAAAUGAGCAACUAUGACACGGAUGUGUUCAUGCCCAUUUUUUAUGCAAUCCAACAAGCCACCGGAGCUCGACCAUACUCUGGAAAAGUUGGAGCAGAUGAUGUGGACAAAAUUGACAUGGCUUACAGGGUUGUGGCUGACCAUAUUAGAACUCUUUCUUUUGCGAUUGCAGAUGGAUCUCGUCCAGGCAAUGAGGGUCGUGAAUAUGUCCUGCGUCGCAUUCUUAGACGAGCAGUGCGCUAUGGAAGUGAAGUACUUAAAGGUCAAGAAGGUUUCUUCAGUGGACUUGUAAGAGUUGUGGUGGAACUGAUGGGGGAUGUCUUUCCAGAAUUGAGGCAUCAUGAAGUGAAUAUUAGAAACACUAUCGCAGAAGAGGAAACAAGUUUUGGAAGGACAUUACUUAAGGGUAUUGAGAAGUUUAAGAAGGCUGCUCAAGAUCUCGAGGGGAAAGUAUUAAGUGGACAGGAUGCGUUUCUCUUAUGGGAUACAUAUGGGUUUCCUCUGGAUCUAACUCAGCUGAUGGCAGAAGAAAGAGGCCUGCUAGUUGAUGCAAAGGGUUUCGAGGAUGCAAUGGAGGAAGCAAGAAAUAGAUCCAGGAGUGCCCAGACUAAGCAAGUUGGUGGUGCUAUUGUCAUGGAUGCUGAUGCCACUUCGGAAUUGCACAAGAGGGGAGUCUCUCCAACAAAUGAUAACUACAAGUUUAUCUGGAAUAAGAACCACCAGAGUGUUGUAAAAGCUAUAUACAAUGGCGCAGAAUAUAUGACCAGUGCUAGUGUUGGUGAUGAAGUCGGUAUUAUUAUGGAAACAACAAGCUUCUAUGCUGAACAAGGUGGUCAGAUAUUUGACACCGGGUCCAUUGUGUGCUCCUCUAGGUCAUUUCAAGUUUGUAAUGUUCAAGUUUUUGGUGGGUUUGUUAUUCAUAUUGGUUCUUUCACUGGAGAGACUGGCAAAAUUUCAGUGGGUGAUAAAGUGACCUGUAAAGUUAACUAUAACAGGCGUGCUCUUAUUGCCCCAAACCACACUUGUACCCACAUGCUUAAUUAUGCUCUAAAGGAAGUUCUUGGUCCUCAUGUUGACCAGAAGGGGUCUAUUGUUCUUCCAGAAAAGUUGCGUUUUGAUUUCUCCCAUGGCAAGCCCAUUCCUCCUAAUGAUUUGAGGAAAAUUGAGUCAACUGUGAACAAACAAAUCGAUGAUGAAAUGGAUGUAUACGCCACGGAGGAAACUCUUGCUGAUGCCAAGCGUAUCAAUGGUUUACGAGCUGUUUUUGGAGAAGUGUACCCUGACCCAGUUAGAGUUGUGGCAAUUGGUAGGAAGGUAGAGGAUCUCCUUGCUGAUCCUGAUAAUAAAGAAUGGUUAACAAUCUCAACAGAAUUUUGUGGAGGAACUCAUAUCUCAAAUACGUGAGACGCAAAAGCCUUCGCUCUUUUAUCCGAGGAAGGAAUUGCUAAGGGUAUCCGCAGAAUAACUGCUGUCACAACUGGUGGUGCAUUUGAGGCAAUAAAUUUGGCGAAAGAAAUAGAUCUACAAAUUAGUGACGCAUUCAAGUUAGAGGGUAGCACUCUCGAAAAGAAAGUAGCUGCUCUCAAAAAUCUAUUGGAUGCCGCAACUAUUCCAGCACCUAUGAAAGCAGAUUUGAAAGACAUGGUCUCCAAACUUCAGGAUCAAAUUAGAAAGGCCCAAAAGAAAAUAGCGGAAGAAAAUAUGCAGAAAGCUGUUAAGGUUGCUACAGAGAUGGCAGACACUGCUAUUGCAGAUGGAAAAGCUUUCUGCAUAUCUCCUAUUGAUGUGGGUCUUGACCCAGCUGCAGCCCGUGAAGCAGUU